AUGGCGGUGGAACCCGGGCGCCCGUGGGCCCAGGCGCGCAGUGUGUACGGCGCGAGCGAGGCGCUGCGACGGGCCGCUGGCCGCCGGCGGGACAACGGGCCGCAGCCCAACGGGCCAGGCCCUGAAGAAGCCCGCGCCCCGGGCCGCCUGGCUCGCCUGCGGGGCCAGAUCCGGGCCGAGGCGGCGGCGCGGGCCGACGCACCCCGGCUGCUGCGGCUGGUGGAGCGGGCAGGGGCUGCGGCGGGGGAGGCGCGGGCGCCGGGGGCAGGGGAGCGAGCGGACGCGCGCAGCAGCGGCUCGGUGUGCUCUGUGUGCGGGGAGCCGCGCGGUGGGGCCACCUACCCGGCGGGCGUCCUGGAGGUGAGCGAGCGGCGGCUUCAGGAGGGCCUGGCGGCAGUGCGCGCGGAGCUGGGCGCGGGGCUCGAGGCGCUGCGCGCGGAGCUGCGUGCCGAGCUGGACGCCCUGCGCGCACUGCUGCCGCCCCCGCCGCGGUCCGCCCGCCGGGAGCCCCGCGCAGUCCCCCGCGCCGCGCCCCGCGGCCCGACCCUGCUGCGAGCUCUGGGCACCAUGAACGCCCUGGCCACGGUCGCGAGGCACGCCGACGACGCACCGGACGGCCCUGCCGACGGCAGCGCGAACCGGGCCCUGGCCCGGAAGAACUUCAAGAAGACGCCGCUGCCGCCAGGGGCCCCGCAGGGCGGCGGGGAUUGA